UGAAAGUGCUGCUCACAGUAGAGCUUUAGGCAAGAGAAUAGAAGUCGUCUCAAGAUCCACCUCAGAACCCUUUAACAUUCUGCGGAACUGGAAUAAAGGAAGCACUCACUUUUGCGUUUGAAAGGACUUGUACAACCUGCAAAAUGAUUUUCGACAAGCUGAAGAAGUUUGACAUCGUCUUCGACUCUCUGGAGGGGGACUGUCCUCCGGUGUUCAGCAGCGGGGACGUGGUGUCCGGCCGGGUGUUGAUGGACCUGUCCGGGGAGAGUCGGGUGGACUCACUGAAGCUCCACGCCGAGGGAUUCGCUAAAGUGCACUGGACCGAGUCCCGGUCCGCCGGCUCCAGCACCGCAUACACCCAGAACUACAGCGACGAAGUGGAGUACCUGAAUCGGAGAGAGGUGCUGCUGCAGGCAGAUAACGGUGAUGUGACAGUCCUUCCUGCUGGCAGACAUGAAUUUCCAUUCAGCUUCCAGCUGCCUGAGGAGACACUGGUCACCUCCUUCGAGGGGAAACACGGCAGCAUCCGUUACUGGGUCAAAGUUAAGCUACACAGGCCGUGGGCCACCGUUAGGAAGAUCAAGAAGGAGUUUACAGUCAUCGAGCCCAUUGACAUCAACACACCAGCCUUACUGGCACCACAGGCUGGAACGAAGGACAAAAUGGCACGAGCAUGGUACCGCAACUUUGGACAGGUGUCUGUAACUGCAAAGAUCGACCGCAAAGGCUACACGCCAGGUGAGAUGAUACCUGUGUUUGCGGAAUUUGACAACGCUACCUCCAGAUCAGUUGUACCCAGAGCCUACAUCACUCAGACACAGACGUUCAUCGCCCGUGGCACCAUGAAGCAGAAGCGCGCGGUGGUGGCCACACUGUGCGGUGAUAUUGUGGGGGCCAGAUGCAGGGAGACGUGGCACGGUCGCGCCAUUAAGAUCCCACCGGUGGGUCCUUCCAUCCUGCAGUGCCGCAUCAUCAAAGUGGAGUACAUGCUCAAGGUUUGUGUUGAUGUUCCCGGGACAUCCAAGAUGUGUCUGGAGCUGCCGCUGGUCAUAGGCACCAUUCCCCUCCAUCCCUUCGGCAGCCGGACCUCCAGCGUCAGCAGCCAGUACAGCGUCAACCUUGAGUGGCUGCGCAUGGCCAUCCCCGAGCAGCCUGAGCCCCCUCCAGAUUACAGCUCCGUGGUGACAGAGGAGGAGGCCGUGCAGCGCCACAAUACGGUCGUCCUGCAACCCGCCGAAGACCUGAGUGGGAUCCUGGAGCGCCCCCUCAUGGCUUUUGUCCAAGAAUUUCGCUUCCGACCUCCGCCGCUGUACAGCGAGGUUGACCCCAACCCUCAGCCCUUAAACAUGAGACCUCGCUGCAUGACGUGUUGAACCAUGAGCCCUACCUGAGCGUCAAGCGUCUUAACUUAAAGAAACAAAUCAAGAGAUUUGUCUUCUCCUGGAUUACUUCUCUCCGAUAAAUGGCACCUGGUCCCACUGAGUGUUCGUGGAGAGGGACUGAAGCCCCACGGAGAGUUCAGGAGAUGGAGCUCACAGGAACUGGAUGUCAGUGGAGUAGCUGCCACUCUGUUUCCAGUUUAUAAAGAAAACUGGACACUUUCCUGUUCUGUUCUGAGGAAAGUAACUUCUCCACAUCAGUUCCUGUCCUCCCCAAGUGAUUUUUGGCUCCUUUUAGGAAACAAGCUACAAAUACCUCCCAAUCAAGGAUUCCCUAUUGUGAAGUGAAUUUUGGAAGGGGAUUUGGGGACAUAUUAGGGUGGAAAGAUCACUUGAUAUUUGGCAGUAAGAGAGUUGGAGUUGCACCUGGUGUUCAAAUGUUUGAAGAAAAGCGCUCUUGAUAAGUUGACAUGUUUAGAAGCACAUUGUCAUCUUUGAGUGGCGUAAAGAGAAAAGUGCAAUUAUUGUCUUAACGUUCCAACUCUCCUUAUCCUGGCAACACAGAAGAUUUGAACACCCUACAUUGCUAUGUAUUGUGUGACUCAGCAGUGUUCCUGGUGGUUUCUACUGUUACUUAAGCAUAUACUGUAUCUGAAGGUGUGAUGGUGGAACAGACAAGUCAAUUAAGCAGAUGUAGAUGUAUUUUAUGCAUGCAGGUAACAAUAAUGUAAAAGGGAAAAAUACAUAUGCCUUAAUUAUCUGCAGUUGAAGAUGUACAUGGGAGUUUCAGGGAGUCAUUCUCUCAUGGCGAUGAAUAGAGCUGAAUGUAUUCUGCAAGAACUUGGAUGGUAUGUGGAUGAAUUCCAAAAGUGGUGUUGUGUUAAUGCAAGGCAUAAUGCACUGAAGUGUCAAGCUUUGGUUGUUGAUUUUAGCACAGUGAUAAAAUAAGGAUGAGCAGUUUGUGUAUAAAGCUGCACAAGGCUCAUAGAUGAAUUCUCCCGGCUGUUAAACAAAGCAGGAGGAGAUGGAGACCUCUGAGCCAUGUGGUCUGAAGCUUUUGAUGGAAGCCAGAGGCCUUGGUGCUGCGGGGCGCUUUUUAAAGCUCAACCAGAGCAUAGUGCUCAGCGUUCAAGUCGUGCCUUAAGCUGGAGAUGCCACUGAAAUGUAUGGACAAAGAACAUUCCAAAAACUGUCUUGAGGAUUAUUUUUUUCUCCUCAACUUCCAAAAAGUUAGUUAAACUGUUUUUAAAGAAGUCUUCAGGGUCAGUUGUGUGAUUUUGUUGGCACGCACUGAA